AUGAUCUCCGAGAAGGCAUGGGACUCACAGAUGAGCACUCCUCAGCAGUAUACGAACACGUCUGGAAGGAAGUUCACGUUACCAACUUCACAAAAAGCAAUCGAGCGGAUCCUGACCGACCAAGAAGAAGUGAUCAAGGAGCUGUUCACGAAGAUAAAGGAUAUUCGAGCAGAAUGUCUACAACAAGAGCGGUACCGCCAAGAUGUCUCGAACAAGCGAAUCUGCGACUCCCUGAAGGAAAUCAAGGAAGAACUCGACCAGUUGCGAGGAAGUUUGCAAGACAAUCGUGAUGGGCGAGUCAGCGAAAGCGAACAAGCGAGAAUCGCAGAAAAUGUGGAGUUCAUGGAGUCUGUCCAAGAAGAACAACCACAACCACCGGACGAAGAAAAAGAGUCUAUAUUCGAAGAGAUCCAUCAUCUCGAGCAAGAACUGAAGCAAGUCCACAACAAGAUACGCGAACUUGCCGCUCUCCGAAGAUGUCGUCCUAGACAAUAUGAAGAAGGAAUCACACGUGAAGAAGAGACAACGAUGCGAUGCGCUUUCUGCUUUGCUGAAGGCAGGCACUAUUCCGAUUCCUGCCCCGAAGUCCGGACAGUGGAGGAGAGAUUGGAUUCACUGAGAAGAAGGAGACGCUGUACCAUCUGCCUGGACAUAGAAUGCGAUAUGGGCUAUUUCUGCCCGAAAUACAGCAAAAGAUGCCAUCACUGCCAUAAAGCCGGACACGCCUCCGCAGUAUGCACGUUACCAGAAGAGUCCUUGGAUAUUCUGGCUCGAAAACGCGAUUACGAGAUCACCGCCGAUCAGAUCCUGAGACGUCUGGAAGAACUGCGCAGAGCUCUCUGA